AUUCAGUGAGAGUUCUAAAUCGGAACAUGAAAGUGGUUGUGAAGACCACUGCAUCACAUUCUUCUAUUCUCGAAAAAAUAUUGAAAAGAGCUUUCCCGUCGACGGAGUCAGUAAUGGAUCUUGUGAAAGAGUUAAACUUCCAGCUGCCCAUGAUUCAUGAACAAGAAUUCAAGGAUUUAAACAAGAAGAUAUCACCACAGCUCGAUGGAAAGCCUAAUGAAGCCUUCGACCAAGAGUUCCGGGAUAAUCUGGUAACAGUUCUGCGCAAGAAAAAUGGAAAGCUUCUUGUUGACUCGGUGAAAGGUAUUUGCGGCUUCCUGUUUGCAGAUGAAUUGGCCCGGCAUUAUUCAUUCAAAGGACGCAAAGGGAAGCGUAGUUUCCAAACGUACGAGAUCAGCGCCAUUAUCACUGAUGCUCUUCUGGCCUUGCAUCCUAAGCACGACAAGCCUCAGUGUGAGGAGAAAGUUGCCUGGUGGUUAGGCCACGCUAAUGAGAGACUUAGACUGAAGAAUGAAAAGCUACAAAAGCAGAACGAAAUUGAUGUGGAAGAUAUGGAAGAUGAAGAAGAUGUGGAAGAAGAAAACCAAAUGGAAGUGAACGAAGGCUAAUCAAACUACUGUUUGCACCUGCUGCCUUAUUUGGAUUGUAUAUAGCAAAAAGGAACCAGUGCAGUUGUGUUGCCAAGUUCAGGAAUAAACUCUUAAAGACAGAAAAUCCUUUGGUUUCGAAACUGAUGCUUGUUCAAUUUUUUUCCGAUUGAAAUAACUUUCGACAAUCUUCGAACAAAAAAAACUAGCAAUAACUUCCUCCGAUGAGUUAAAAUAGCUUUUUGACAUGCCAAGUAUUUCCUCACGGUUAUCAGUUAUAGGUACUGCUAUCAAUAAAUCAAAGAAAGGCUUUGAGAAGGUUGGCUCUAUUUUUGAGCCGGUGGGAUCCAGUUACAACAGGAUUUGCCAUCUUGAAGAUGAUGCAGUUCUGAAUAGUGCUAUGCAGUCUUGAAAGAUGUGCGAAUUUAAAAUAGUGCAUAGGAAUAAGAAACUGACCAGAUUAUCCCGGAACUCUUGGUCGAAGGCUUCAUAAGGCUUUCCAUCAAGCUGUUGCGAUAUCUUCUUGUUUAAAUCCUUGAAUUCUUUUUCAUGAAUCAUGGGCAACUGGAAGUUAAACUCUUUCACAAGAUCCAUUACUGACUCCGUAGACGGAAAAGCUCUUUUCCAUAUUUUUUCUAAAAUGGAAGAAUGAGAUGCAGUAGUGAAGAAGUUCUGAAUAGUGCUAUGCAGUCUUGAAAGAUGUGCGAAUUUAAAAUAGUGCAUAGGAAUAAGAAACUGACCAGAUUAUCCCGGAACUCUUGGUCGAAGGCUUCAUUAGGCUUUCCAUCAAGCUGUUGCGAUAUCUUCUUGUUUAAAUCCUUGAAUUCUUUUUCAUGAAUCAUGGGCAACUGGAAGUUAAACUCUUUCACAAGAUCCAUUACUGACUCCGUAGACGGAAAAGCUCUUUUCCAUAUUUUUUCUAAAAUGGAAGAAUGAGAUGCAGUAGUGAAGAAGUUCUGAAUAGUGCUAUGCAGUCUUGAAAGAUGUGCGAAUUUAAAAUAGUGCAUAGGAAUAAGAAACUGACCAGAUUAUCCCGGAACUCUUGGUCGAAGGCUUCAUAAGGCUUUCCAUCAAGCUGUUGCGAUAUCUUCUUGUUUAAAUCCUUGAAUUCUUUUUCAUGAAUCAUGGGCAACUGGAAGUUUAACUCUUUCACAAGAUCCAUUACUGACUCCGUAGACGGAAAAGCUCUUUUCCAUAUUUUUUCUAAAAUGGAAGAAUGAGAUGCAGUAGUGAAGAAGUUCUGAAUAGUGCUAUGCAGUCUUGAAAGAUGUGCGAAUUUAAAAUAGUGCAUAGGAAUAAGAAACUGACCAGAUUAUCCCGGAACUCUUGGUCGAAGGCUUCAUAAGGCUUUCCAUCAAGCUGUUGCGAUAUCUUCUUGUUUAAAUCCUUGAAUUCUUUUUCAUGAAUCAUGGGCAACUGGAAGUUUAACUCUUUCACAAGAUCCAUUACUGACUCCGUAGACGGAAAAGCUCUUUUACAUAUUUUUUCUAAAAUGGAAGAAUGAGAUGCAGUAGUCUUCACAACCACUUUCAUAUUCCGAUUGAGAACUCUCACUUAAUCUGAGGAGAAGAAGCAAUCAAGCAUGUACCAUUUCAAUAGUUGUGAGAAAAAAAUUGACAAGUUUCUGUUGAGGAAUUUUCUUCGAAACUAUGAUAAUAGUAUACGUAUUUUAGCGCAAUGCAAACAUCAAAGAAAACUAUAUUGUCAACUUUCAAUCUGCAACUUUUGAAUUACGCAGUAUAAUUCAGUUCCAUUUCGGGAUAGAACAUGAACUUCAGAAGAAGUAAAUUUGAUAUUUCUUUUAUACGUCUACAUUUUGGUAAUGUGCUUACAUAACUCAUGAUUCAUGAUUGUCGCUAUUUGUAUUCUUUCUUAUUUUCUUUACUGAGAGGUAAAAAUUAACCUCUUGUUAAAAAAAAUAAAACCCAACUCCAGCUUCUUCUUUUCUUUUAAAAAUAUUUAAUAUAUGUACAGUUUCAAAUUUUUUCUAUUAUUUUCAAAUUUUUUCAAAAUCCAAGAAUUCAAUUUCUAAAUUAGACAUUUUUUGGUGGGGAACAGAAUUCAUGUGCUAGGUAUUUUGGGAGAUUCCGUAGAUAAUUAUUAAGAAACAACAUUUUUCAACACAGUAAUUGCGCUGGUUCCUUUUUGCUAAAUGCAAUUCAUUUAUUACUCAUUGAUGCUAUGAAAUGCCGUACAAUAUUUUAGUUCUCCUGUUCAUUAGUAUUAUUAUUUUUCGUGAUAAUUGAUAAUGAUGAGUUCAUUAGUAUUAUUAUUUUUUGUGAUAAUUGAUUAUUAUGAUGUGAUACAUGGUGAUAUUAUGAGAAAAGAUAAUUUUUAUUCACACUGUGUCAGAGAAAGUCCAUUUCUGAAAGAGAGAAAGCGUUUUUUAUCAGGUGGCUGGAAUACUGGUGUGUUUAAAGUUUCCUCAUUUCAUCAGUUGCAAAGCUAGAAAAAGAACAGCAUGCGGUAGACAGUAUCAGCAGAAUUGAGCUCAUUAAAUCAAGAUCUAAUUAUGCUAAUGGUGACAGAUUGUCUCCGCUGUGAUGACCCAUCUUUUCACUUGACACUCUUUAAUACACUGCAGAGAGAGACCCACAAGUCAUGCAUUGUAAGAAAUUGAACAAUGGCUACCCCUCAUCCCUCUGAAAGAUCUCUGACCGCUUAACUGAAUGUUUUUAGCCACAGAGAAAUCACAAUCUUAGUGUUAAAAUUUAUCUCAGUGCCGUAUUCUGAUGACUGCCUAUUUAAAUUCUAUGCUGAUUUUGCAUUUAAGGUAUUUAUAUAUAUGCAUCACGGUUCCUUAUUUUCUGCAAAAUACAGGUUCUCAAGUGAGUCUGGCCAUCACGGCCGGGAUUGAUCUUUUACGUCUACAGAUGUUAAUCUCAUUUACCAGUUCAGCUCUGCCAAUGAUGCCUAAUUUCUGAUCGUUGUGGUUAAAGUAUUAUAUCUUAUCGAAUUUGACUUGUGUUCUUAUCAAUCUUUGAUAGCUUCCUAUUUUGC